ACUCUCCACUGCCAAACCCCCCAAAAUAAACCCACUAUAAAACACCCUUUUCUCAACCCCUUCCCCCCAUCAAUCUUCACACCAAGCAAAGCCCAUAGCUGUUAAUAAACACAACAAAAAUCUCAGCUAGCUAGCUUUUCCCCUCCAUUAAAAUCCAUGGCUUGCACCAUUAGCAUGAAGAUGACCUUGGCUAUCCUUGCUCUCUCAUUAUUCUCCUCUUGCUUACAAGCCACACUAGGGGAAAUUAUAUGUGAACACCUUGACCAAGACACCUGUGCUUACGCGGUGGCGUCCACAGGCAAGCGCUGUGUGCUCGAGAAGCACGUCAAGAGGAGCGGUGAAGAAGAAUACACUUGCCGUACCUCCGAGAUCGAAGCCGAUAAGAUAAACAACUGGAUCGAAACCGAUCAGUGCGUUAAAUCGUGCGGCCUCGACCGGAAAUCAUUCGGUAUCUCCUCCGAUUCCCUCCUCGAGUCUCGCUUCACCGAAAUGCUUUGCUCUCCUCAAUGUUACAAUGGCUGCCCCAACGUCAUCGAUCUUUACUUCAACCUCGCCGCCGGAGAAGGUAUUUUUCUUCCGAAAUUAUGUGAAGCACAAAAAGGAAACAUACGUAGAGGAAUGUCGGAGAUUCGGAGCUCCGGUAUGGUUGCCCCGGGACCCGUCGGCGGUGUGAAGUUUUUGGGAGUUGCUCCGGCAAUGGCGCCAUACUAAAAGCUUUCGGGAAUUUUUCAUGCAGUUUUAGUAGUUUUGAAAUAAAGGGAAAGUUGCACCAUAGCUAAGGGUUUUUCUUAAAGCCGGGAUCUUUAAGUGCAUGAACCGGCGUAUAAUUUGGUUCGUGCAUGAUUUUGAGCCAUGAGCUUGGUGUGUUCAAUCCAAUAAGAUGCCACUUUCUAUUAAAUAGGUUUGCUUAUUGUAAUGGGUGUGAAAAAGAAACAAUAUUAUGAUAUUUAUAUAAGUAUACUUAUAUUUAUGUGAUA